GCUGCCGAGGAAACACAGUUAUUAACUACCCCGAAAGAUGCUUUCAAAUCUCAUUAACCUACGAAAGCACAGCAUGAAUGAACCUUCUUUUAUUCUCUCUUUUUAGGGAGAAGAAAAGAAGGAGAGUAGUGGAGCUGACUGAGAAGAUGGUGGUUGAUGGAGGCAGUGGACACACCUGUGAAUGGGAAGGGCGAUGGAACCAUAUCAAAAAGUUUCUGGAAAGAUCAGGCCCCUUCACGCAUCCUGACUUUGAACCCAGCACAGAGUCUUUACAGUUUAUGCUACAAACCUGCAAAAUCCUGGUCAUUGGUGCUGGUGGUCUGGGAUGUGAGCUUCUUAAAGACCUGGCUUUAUCAGGUUUUCACAACAUUCAUGUUGUCGACAUGGACACCAUUGAUGUUUCUAACCUGAAUCGACAGUUCCUUUUCAGGCCAAAAGAUGUGGGUCGACCCAAGGCGGACGUUGCAGCCGAUUUUAUCAACAGCCGUGUACCUGGAUGCUGUGUAGUCCCACAUUUUAAGAAAAUUCAAGACUUAGAUGAAACAUUCUACAGACAAUUUCACAUAAUUGUCUGUGGACUGGACUCUAUAGUUGCCAGGAGGUGGAUGAAUGGUAUGCUGCUGUCUUUGUUGGUGUAUGAAGAUGGUGUCCUGGACCCAGGUUCCAUCAUUCCUCUAAUUGAUGGUGGGACAGAGGGCUUUAAGGGCAAUGCCAGAGUCAUUCUUCCUGGCAUGACUGCCUGCAUUGACUGCACACUUGAGCUUUACCCUCCUCAGAUCAACUUCCCCAUGUGUACAAUAGCCUCCAUGCCCCGUUUGCCAGAACAUUGCGUUGAGUAUGUCCGCAUGUUGCUGUGGCCUAAAGAGACACCCUUUGGAGACGGUGUGGCCCUCGAUGGAGAUGACCCAGAGCACAUCCAGUGGGUGUACCAGAGAUCUCUGGAGAGGGCAGCAGAGUUCAACAUAACAGGAGUCACAUACAGACUUACCCAGGGUGUUGUAAAGAGGAUAAUCCCAGCUGUAGCGUCUACAAAUGCUGUAAUAGCUGCUGCUUGCGCAACAGAGGUUUUCAAAAUAGCAUCAAGUGCCUAUAUACCUCUGAAUAACUACAUGGUCUUCAAUGAUGUUGACGGCCUGUACACAUACACUUUCGAGGCAGAACGAAAGGAAAACUGUUCAGCCUGCAGCCAAGUACCUCUGGACAUGCACUUUUCUCCAUCCUCCAAACUCCAGGAAAUGUUGGACUACCUGACUGAAAGUGCCUCAUUACAAAUGAAAUCACCUGCUAUUACGGCAACGGUGGAAGGAAAGAACAAAACCUUAUAUUUACAGUCUGUCGCUUCAAUUGAACAGAGGACGCGGCCAAACCUUUGCAAAACUCUCACAGAGCUGGGGCUGACUGACGGACAAGAGCUGGCUGUAGCUGAUGUCACCACACCCCAGACCAUGUUGUUCAGACUCUGCUUUACCUCAUAGGACAAACUCAAGCACUCCCACAACUGGUUGAUGUCAUUCUUGUUUCUUGGCCAACCAUGACUUGAUUCAGAAUCUUUGAAAUGGCCUAAAAACUAGAACAGUUUACAAUGUGUUCAGUCACAGUGUAAAUGAUUGUAGCUAAUUUCAUUGUAUUUAUGUUUUGCACUGAAAAGCCAAAUCAUACUUAACAUCUUUUCAUGUUUUGGUGAUGCAUUGUUUGCAAAUGUUUAAGAUUUCUGCAUUAAUGUGUUAAUCUGCACUACAACCUGAAAACCUGAAGCCUGCUCUGAAGCUGCAAACAAAGAGCCAAGCAAUGCUUAGUUUGGAAAAGAUUACUCUGUACUUGUUAUAGUUUUGAAUAUAUUGAGUAUUUAUUUAUUCCAACACAGAUGUUUUUGGUUGCAGUAACCACUGAAGUGGUCAUCAAGAGACACUGAUAAUGAUGUGUGAACUGGAAUAAAACCUUUUUCUUACAAA